AUGUCUUCCUCUGGUCGCCGUCAGCAUACUCGCAACCACCGUACCCGCAUCGUGCUGGAUACACUGUUGAAGCGGCUGCUGCAGGAGCAGACCGGAGUUCUAGACGAUGGACAUUUCUCUCUCGGCGGGCAGAAUGGCAUCACGCACAUUGUGCAGUAUGACUUCGAAAAGCUAUGCCCACUAUCUUGUGGAUCUACAUUCCAGCCCGAGAUUCUCUUCGAGCCUGUGUUGAUCGACGAGGUGCGCCAGUGUAGGAAUCACCCUUUCUCCAUGCGGCCAUUCUUCGACCUCCCAGAAGACCCGGAGACGAUCACUACAGCGGAUCGCACCGGGCAGCUUUGGUCGAUCGAGUCAUAUCUCGAGCCAGAUACAGAGGGUGAUACAGUCUUACCCCACAUUACCAUGUUGGGGCUCCAGCCCAAGGACGGCAGGGAGAACGCCAUCCUUUACGGCGAGCUGAUUGCCCUGGUCUCUGCUAUGCGCAACCGGGCGUUCCAGCCCAAAGUGGACACCGAAGAGGAGCAGGAAGCAUUGGAAGAGGCUGACGACGAGGAUCGGAAGUCCUAUCCUUAUCUCUUCACUGAAGAGGAUACUUUUCCUGUCCUCUUCUUGUCAGCCGUGGCUCCUCGCCAUGCAAGGAUCUUCUACGGGUGUAUGGAAGGGCGACAGCUGGUCAUCAGGCAAUCCAAGCUGUAUAGCUUUGUGCGAGUGGCUGACGCGCCAAUAGAGCUUUUUGCUUCGCUGCGACUUAGUCGUCCCCUGGUCAGAUGUCCCUGA